UUGUGUUUUUAAGGUUAAUUUUUUAAAAAUCCUGAUUUAUUUUAACCUAGUUGCAAUGUAUUGCAAACUUCGAUUUGAGAAGCAGAUGUGAUCCUGCUGCCUACCCACCCUUUACUUUCAUAUAAACUGGUUAUGCUUUUCUAAAGUGAUGGUGGUCUUGCAUGUUUUAAUACAUUGUAUGCAAAAUGUCACUAACUGAAAGGGUUUGACAUACCUGCUGUUAGAGAGGGAAUAUGCGGUACGUCCAGCAAGGUUUUCAGAUGCUGGUUUUAAGCCGUGCUGGUUCUAAAAACACAUUGAAAGUGGUGAAUUGCUUUUUAAGAAGACUUAGUAAGGUGCUGGACCAACCGCUAAAUUCACCCACAGGUUUGGUCAGGCCCCGUAUCAUUCACAGCCCUUUCAGCAAAGAGCAGAGCUGCUACAAAUACUGUACAGGAAAAUUGUGCUUCUAUCUGUAUACGUAAUACCUUAUUUUAUUGCACUUUGGAGCCACGGGAGUGGAGCUGGCUAGGGAUGGACAUGGGCAUAGCCAAGGGGGUGAGGCAGGAGGGCAGCUGCCCCCCCCAUUCAGGAAAAAUCUAUACAAGUCUGUGCAAAUCGGAGGUUUGCCCCUCUAACAAAAGCCUGACCCCCCCAACAAAAAUCCUAGCUACGCCCAUGCUCCCACAAGUUCCCCCCCUCCCCCUGCACAGCCACUACAGUAUAGUGUAAAUUUAACUUUUAUGCACACUGGGAAACCAACAAAAUUUGUGUGACUUGCUUUAUUUCGGUGAUGUGGAACCAAACCCGCAAAAUCUCCGAGGUAUGUCUGUAUUAUAAUGGCAUUUGUUUAUAAUGUGCUCCAUUGAAUUCUUCUUGGCCAUUAUUUCAUUACUGAAAUCUGAUUAUUUAGGAGGCCAUAUAACAAAUUAUUGGGGACCCAGGUGGCGCUGUGGGUUAAACCAUAGAGUCUAGGGCUUGCUGAUCAGAAGGUCGGCAGUUCAAAUCCCUGCAACGGGUGAGCUCCUGUUGUUCGGUUCCAGCUCCUGCUCACCUAGCAGUUCGAAAGCAUAUCAAAGUGCAAGUAGAUAAAUAGGGACCGCUCCGGCGGGAUGGCGUUUCUGUGCACUGCUCUGGUUCGCCAGAAGCAGCUUUGUCAUCCUGGCCACAUGACCUGGAAGCUGUCUGCGGACAAACGCCGGCUCCCUCGGCCUAUAGAGCGAGAUGAGCGCCGCAACCCCAGAGUCAGACACGACUGGACCUGAUGGUCAGGGGCCCCUUUACCUUUACCUUUAUAACAAAUUCUUACAUGUAAAUUAAUUAUCAGUUAAAUCAGCUUGUCAGAUAAGAAUCAUAAUCAUCAUCAUCAUUUUAUUAUUUAUACCCCUCCCAUCUGGAUACUCACACAGAAAUAUUUUUACUAGAUCGACUGCCCGGUAUUUAAUGUAAGCCAUUUAUGACAUACCAGUAGCCUGAAAGGGGAUAAAAAAACCCCCAACAAACAAGCCAGCCAACUCUCUUUGGUUGUAAAUAAGCUAUUGAUUAUUUGCACUCCCAAGUAAUCAAAAGUGAAUAUAGAAAUAAGGUAACCUGUUUUGUGCGCCGAAUAGAAAGGUGGUUAAGAAAGAAACAAAACUCUGUUUGGAUAUAUUUUGUAUGGGCAAAUUGGAACAGUUUUACAGUUCAGCUUUUCUUGGAUGAAAUGCAACACAGUAACGUUGAAACAAAACAAAAAACCCAAAAAGGAGGAAAAGAUGCCAUAAUAUUGUACGCACAGUAUUCAUUCACGCCUCUGGUCAAUCACACUUUCCAGGUUUUUGCACUGCACUAAAACCUUGCAAAAGCUGUCUGACCAGAGACAAUGCAAGUCUGCCUCUAUUGCCCCACUUCAAACUCACGGAAAGUCAAUCUGUCCUCAAUCUCAGCAAUGAAGGUUGAUUUUGGCAUCUCUUUUUGUAUAUUUGAGUUCUCUCUGUUUGGCCUCUGGUUGCUGUGUGAACUUGCUCCCAAUGAGUCUUCCCUUUGGUGCUUCUUUUCAAGGUAGCAUUAGAAAACAGACUGCAUUUUCAUGGUUUCGAUUUGAAAUAAGAAUAGCAGAGCAUGUCAAACCCUUACUUUUUCAACAUUCUAAUUUUGCAUAUAUAACUCUUUAUGAUUUUGUUGCAUUCACUAGGUUUGCUGGGAUGGGUAAUCUUCUUAAAGUCCUUACCAGGGAAAUUGAAAACUACCCACAUUUUUUCCUGGAUUUUGAAAGUGCAUGAGAGACUCUGGUUGCAUCGCUCAAGAGCACAACCCUUUUUCUGCACAUUAUUGAAGAGCAGCAUUUGCGGUUCGAGGACCCACCCCCCCGCGAGAAAUAAAGACACAGUGACACAUGGAUUUGAGUUAAUGGAUGCUCAGCCUACGGAUGGAGAGAGGGAAAUAUGGAACCAAGUCAAUGCUGUAUUACAAGAUUCGGAGAGCAUGCUUUCAGACCUGCAGUCCUACAAAGGAGCUGGACAGGAAAUUAGAGAUGCAAUACAAAACCCCAAUGAUAUCCAACUUCAGGAGAGAGCCUGGAACUCAGUCUGUCCUUUGGUUGUGAGGUUGAAGCGGUUCUAUGAGUUUUCUCUGCGGCUAGAGAAAGCACUGCAGAGUUUACUGGAAUCCUUGACAUCCCCUCCCUAUGCACCAACUCAGCACUUAGAGCGAGAGCAAGCCCUAGCAAAGCAGUUUGCCGAGAUCUUGCAUUUUACUCUCCGCUUUGACGAACUCAAGAUGAGAAACCCCGCAAUACAGAACGACUUCAGCUAUUAUAGGAGGACGUUGAAUCGCAACAGAAUAAACAAUAUGCACCUCGGCAUUGAGAGCGAAGUGAACAACGAGAUGGCUAACAGAAUGUCCCUGUUUUAUGCAGAAGCUACCCCAGUGCUGAAAACACUGAGCAAUGCCACAACACAUUUUGUUGCAGAAAACAAAACCCUACCAAUCGAGAAUACGACAGAUUGUCUAAGUACGAUGGCCAGCGUAUGUAAAGUCAUGCUGGAAACGCCAGAAUACAGAAGCAGGUUCACCAGCGAAGAAACCCUCAUGUUCUGCAUGAGAGUGAUGGUUGGCGUCAUCAUUCUCUACGACCACGUCCACCCCGUGGGAGCGUUCUCCAAAGCCUCAAAGAUUGACAUGAAAGGCUGCAUAAAGGUUUUAAGGGAAGAGCCAGCAGACACAGUUGAAGGCCUUUUGAAUGCUCUCAGGUUCACCACGAAGCAUCUGAACGACGAGUCUACUUCGAAACAAGUUCGAGCUAUGCUUCAGUAGCGCCCUCCUUUUGACGAAUGGACUUUUGUAUUAUUUAGAAAAAAAAGAUGUUUGUUUACAUAAUUUAAUAGUGUGUGGUGUUAAUACAUCUGCCUACUUUACAUAACAUAACAUAACGGUUGUUUUCAUUCCCCUUGAUGCACUCCGUGGACUUGUAUCGAUAACUUGACCGACUGACUCCGUAUGGUACAGCGUCCAGUUUAUAUGCUAGUCUUACCACUUGGCAGUUUAAAGAGGUACCUUAAUUUGAAUAUAUAAAUGACAAAAAGGGGGUCUAUGUGCCUUGCUUUUUAUGUGUUUAUUGGUUGGCCUUUGUCUGUGGAUGUAUGCAGUAAUUCUGUAUUGUCGUCUUCGAACCGUUCCACACAUGGAAGCGUGCCAGUGAAGAUCUUGGUGUGGAACCUU